AUGGUCUUCAAGGCAACACUCGCAUCCGCUUUUGUCUCCCUCCUGGCAUGUGCCAGCGCUGUGGAAGUUCCCAAGACCGAUUACGAUGUCAUCGUGGUCGGCGGUGGUCCCGCGGGUCUCAGUGCACUCAGUGGUGUCUCUCGUGUCCGCCGAACUGCUCUCUUGAUUGAUAGCCAGGAGUACCGCAAUGCUCCGACCCGGGAGAUGCACGACGUCAUUGGCUUCGACGGUACCCCACCGGCUACUUUCAGAGGUCUGGCUCUCCAGCAGAUCAAGAAGUAUCCAACUGCUCACUUCGCCAACGAAACUGUGGAAUCAAUCGUUCCGUUCGGAAAGGGAGACUUCUCUGCCUUCACCGUGACCGACAGCAAGGGCAAGAACUACACUGCCCGUAAGAUCGUGCUCGGUACCGGUGUCCGUGACGUUCUGCCCUCGACUCCUGGCCUUCGGGAGGGAUGGGGCCACGGCAUCUUCUGGUGCCCGUGGUGCGAUGGCUACGAACACAGGGACCAGCCAUUUGGAAUGAUCGGAGAUAUCACCGAUAUGCUGAGCAACGUGUUGGAGACCCACACUCUCUACACCGAUAUCGUUGCAUUCGUGAACGGCUCGCAAACUGCUGAUGGUGAGGCCCGGGCAACGGCCAAGGUCGAAGACUGGAAGGAACAACUUGCCGCCUGGAACACUACCAUUGAUAACCGCACAAUCUCUUCCAUUGAGCGCCUUGAGGAUGGUGGGGACAACAGAGGCGAAAACGGUGACCAGCAGUUUGACAAGUUCCGCCUUCACUUCACUACCGGAAAGCCUGUUGACCGGAAUGCUAUCAUUAUCAACGUCCCAACUGUUCAGACCUCGACACUUCCAGCCAAGAUGAACCUGAGCAUCGUCAGUGACAAGAUCAAUGUUACCAGCGGAAUGCGUACCAGUGAGACCGGUGUCUUUGCCGUUGGCGAUGCCAACAGCGAUGGCAGCACCAAUGUGCCACAUGCGAUGUUCUCUGGCAAGAAGGCCGCUGUCUAUCUGCACGUGGAAUUGUCUCGUGAGGAGUCGAAAUCCAAGGUCUCGAAGCGUACUGGACUCUCUCACCGUGAGCUCGAGAAGGAGGCCAUUCGUGCAAUUGGCAACGACCUGGACGAUGUAUGGAAGCGUGCUCAGAAGUAA